UCCCUUGUUUGACAACUCGAUAGUGAUUGCGUUAAUAAUUUGACCAUGUUUUAUACGUAAGUGACUCACCUUAAUGAAAAAAGACCUGUUUUCUACACGACAUUUGUCAUUUACUUAAGAAACGGUUCACACUCUGGUUGAAUCACAUUUGCUGACACUGGUUAACUUCGGGAAUUCACACGCCCAUCAUUACCUGUCACACCGAUGAUUUUUUCAUCUGGCGAUUGACAUCCGACAACGUAUUCUGCUGUAACAGUGAUGUGAUUCAUGUACUAGAUUCGUUACAACAUUAUACUUACACGAUUCCAAGAUGAUGCCAGGUCAGCCAAAUACUUCAUUGGGCAAGAAAUUACUGGACAAUCUACAGACCGACCUGAGGACGCUGUCAUCCGAAAGCCGGAGAAAACAUCCUAAUGUCAAAGAGGCUUCAGAACAAGUCCAGCUAAGACUGAGAACAAUUAGUGCCAAGAGUGAAGACAUCAUUUCAGGUUUGUUGCCAGCCAGUGCAGAAAUAGUACACCCAUUUGUGCUUGGAUGUGAAACCAAAAACUCCAAAAUAAUCCAGCUAUGUCUGAUGACUGUACAGAGACUUAUCUCGCACGAGGCCCUGUCCAUGACUGCAGCCAACAAUGUGAUACAGAUGCUAUGGCAGCUGAUGGAAGCUGGUACAGAAGAGCUCAAACUUCUCCAAACUGCCAUCCUACUUAUUACAACCAACCUUGUAGUACAACAUGAGUCGCUGGCUAAAGCAUUGGUGCUGUGCUUCAGACUACACUUCACUAAGGACAGCACCACCAUCAACACAGCAGCAGCCAUUAUCAAACAGCUUGUCAGUAACGUGUUUGAGCGGGUCAUAGUGGAGGACAGAGUCCAAUCGCAGGAACAAAGAUCCCCUUUGAAUACGGAGGAGCUGAAGGUAGGGAGUAGGAACGCUCCCAAGUCACUGCGGCCCUGUGCUGGGGAUGCCUACCUGUUAUUCCAGGACCUGUGUCAGCUGGUGAAUGCAGAUCAGCCAUUCUGGUUGGUCGGGAUGACGGAGAUGACCCGAACGUUUGGACUAGAACUAUUGGAGGCUGUCCUAACAUCCUUCCCAACAAUCUUUCUUCAGCAUCCAGAGUUUAGUUUCUUACUGAAGGAGCGAGUCUGUCCUCUUGUCAUUAAACUCUUCUCCCCGAGCCUCAAGUACCGACAGGGGUUACCUUCCCCUCCUUCUCCAGCUCCCGUGGAGAAACCGUACUUCCCCAUUGUAAUGAGGCUACUGAGGAUAGUAUCAGCACUGAUCAAACACUUCUACAAAUUACUGAUGACAGAGUGUGAGAUAUUCCUGUCCCUUCUUGUCAAGUUCCUAGAGCCAGAAAAACCAAUGUGGCAGAGAUGUCUGUCUCUGGAGGUCCUUCACAAACUUAGCAUGCAACCAGACUUAGUCAGGUCUUUCUGUCAGAGUUACGACAUGAAGCAACACUCAACAAAGAUAUUCCGUGACAUGGUCAACGGCCUGGGAGCUUUCAUUCAGUCCCAGUUUAUGAACCCAAUGACCAGUCAGACUGGCCAAACAGGACUAAAACCCCCUGACACCCAGGGGACUCCACCGGCUAUAUUAGGGGGUCUCCCCGUGGGUGGAGGGGUGACCCCUCAGCCAGCCUUUAUGUACCGAGGAACAUGGAUACCCCUUGUCAAUAUUGGAGGCCAGGCAAGGUCUAUGUACCUAGAGAUGCUGGACAAGUUGGAUCCGCCCAACAUUGUGGAUGGUUACGGACUGUCCCUGGCUUUCCACUGUCUGGUCGAGGUGGUCAAGAGCGUCCAGUACCUGUUACAGGGGGACAAUGACGGAAAAGAGGACCAGAAGAUUGAGGAGCGCAAGACCAGUCAGCAACAAGUACUUACAGACGAGGAGAGAGGCCUACAUGAAGAGCUGAUCAACUCAUCCUGGUGUGGUAUGCUGGCUGCAAUGUCUCUGCUCCUGGACGCUAGUACGGACGAGAGUGCUACCCAGGCGAUACUAAAAUCAUUACAGACGUUUGCGAAUUUGUGUGGGGUCCUGCAGAUGAAUAUACCGAGGGAUGCCUUCAUCACGGCUCUGUGUAAAGCGUCCUUACCACCGCACUAUACUCUGACCAUCCUCAACAGCCAAUCAAAUGCCCAGGCCGCUCAGCGAGGACACUACAGGUCCAUUAGCCAGGAUCUCCCCACCAUGGGGCUAGAGGCUGUAGAGAGGAGUCAAGUGGUUGCCGUGGGAACACCCCUCCCCACCGCCUCCCUCCCUGCUGGGGCACACACAGGGCCAGUCAUGUUAACGGCUAAAAACAUCCAGUGUAUGCGAGCUUUACUGGCAGUGGCCCAUUGUCAUGGGGGCAUCCUCGGGACGGCGUGGCACCUCGUGUUAACAACGUUACAGCACCUGGUGUGGAUCCUCGGCCUGAAGCCAUCCUCUGGAGGGAGCCUCCGGUUCAGUCAGCAGAUCUCCGAGGGCUCUAACGCAGUCAUAACGACCGCUGUCAUGGCCGACCUACCCGUACUGUCGGCCAUGUUGUCACGGUUGUUUGAGAGUUCGCAGUACCUUGACGAUGUGGCCCUUCACCACCUUAUUGACGCCCUGUGUAAGCUGUCGUCUGAAGCCAUGGAGCUUGCCUACUCCAAUAGGGGAAUGUACUUUGCAACCUGGGAUUCAGAGCCAUCCUUGUUUGCUGUUGCUAAGUUACUGGAGACUGGCCUGGUCAAUCUGGCUCGAGUUGAGGUCCUGUGGCGACCGGUCACUGCUCAUUUGCUUGAGGUAUGUCAGCAUCCCCAUCAAGGUAUGCGAUGCUGGGGUGCAGAAGCAGUUACCUCCCUUGUCAGAGCGGCCCUGGAGCAUGGCUAUGAUCCACCUCUUCAGACAAACCUGAAGCUACAGAUGACCAUCCUGUCCCCUCUCCAGGAGUUGUCCAACAUACUACAGUCAGACAUCAGACAGAGGCAGCUCGAGUGUGUUCUACAGAUCCUUCACAACAACGGUGACACGCUUCUUCAUGGCUGGCCUCUAAUGCUGGGGGUCAUAGGGGCUGUCAACAACAACCAGGGUGAGAAGCUCAUACAGACAGCCUUCCAGAGCCUACAGCUUGUUGUCACGGAUUUCCUUCCCAUAAUUCCAUGUAUGUACCUACAAGUAUGUGUGGAGGUGGCAGCCAAGUUUGGACUGCAGAACCAGGAACUCAACAUCAGUCUGACGGCCAUUGGUUUACUGUGGAAUGUUGCAGACUUUUUCUACCAAAACCGCCAGCGUAUCAACACUGACCUUGACAAGGACAUGACGGACGCAGAGAAGAAAAAGCUGGGCAUGCCAGCGUUUGAUGCACUGUGGAUGUGUCUGUUUAUGAAGUUGGGUCAGCUUUGUGUGGAUGAGCGCCCUGCCGUGAGGAAAAGUGCGGGACAGACCCUCUUCUCCACGAUAUCUGCCCACGGGGGUCUGCUUCACAAGGAGACUUGGAAACGGGUUCUCUGGCAGGUGCUGUUCCCCUUGCUAGAAAAGGUUCAGAAGUUGUCCAGCACAGCGUCCAAUGUCAAAGAUGAGGCCGCCACAGGAAACAUCCUCAUCCACCACUCCCGUGACACGGCCGAGAAACAGUGGGCAGAGACCAGGGUCCUCACUCUGGCAGGGGUAGCCAGGACCUUCAACUCCAAACGCAAAACCCUCCAAACCAUAGCUGGGGAUUUCCCGAGAGCCUGGUCGCUACUGUUGGAAUAUAUAGAGUACUCUGCCCUUUGUCUCAAUGCUGAAGUGUCGCUGGCAGCACUGAAAAGUUUCCAGGAAAUUCUUCAGAUAAAUCGUGAUCCUAAGGACAAAGGUGAAGGGUCAGUUAUGGACGGACUACCUAGCAUGGCCCCUCCUCUGGAUGAGGUUAUGAAUAGAUCUGAACAAACAAAAGGUCACGAAGGUGAAGGUCAAGUGUCGGUAAGUUCAGACAUGGACUAUGACCCGUCACUAUGGGCAACAGCCUGGAAAGUGUGGCUGAAUAUAGGAACAAACGCAACGAAACCACCAGAAACUACACACCGAUCUGAGAAAGUAUAUGUGCCAUCGCAGCCAUUUCUUACUGCCUUGAUUCAGACAUUUCCCUCCCUGUUUGAACACAUUAAAACACGGUUCGUUGGGGCCGACUUACAAAAGCUCUGUACUGUGUUAAAGAGUGCCCUGACGGUACCUGUACAUGGUGACGCCUCACCUUUCAUCAUUCCAUCCUACCCCGACGUAACCAUCACACCGCUACAGGAGGCCACGCUGCAGUCCAUGGAGGCACUCAUACAGGCGAUACACAAUGGUCCAGAAUCUAUGCAAUCUAUGUACCCCGACAUCUUUCACCAACUCCUGACCUUUAUAGAAUAUGGGGUCAGGGUACCCAAAUAUGGUCAACUGGACGCAAGGGCCUUUGGAUCUGUCAAAGGGCCCCAGGUUGAUUGGGUGACCAUGAACUUUGUGCCAUUUGCGGAGAAGUCUGUGGAGCUAGCAGUAGAUCUGUACCGGUCAACGGCCAAACACCCGGCCGUGGUGGACUCACAAAUAUUACAACACAUCAUCAAGACGUUCCGGUUGCCCCUGGGGUACAAGUACAACUGCCCCUCCCCGACCACAUGGACACUGGUCAUCCACUCCCUCCUAACGAUCCUCAAUGUAGGACUGUCAGUAGCCAGGAAACAUGAAACUGCCUUCCAGUCCAUGUGGCCUGAGCUUGCCCAUACUCUGGAAGAAUUUCUCUUCUCCAAGAGUACUUCACCACCCACCAUGUCUGUUGAAGACUUCCAGAGGGACGAGGCCAUCGAUUGUAAGGUGAUACAGAUGAUCCGAGACGAUAUCCUGCCCUAUGCUGGUACCAUGCCUAAAGACUUCGUCAAGAGAGUCAUGAAGCUACUAAACCGUGGCUCGAUACACUCCACUACCUCCGACAACUUCAUAGAUACAGACUCGAGUCGAAAGUUACGUGAGGAGUUCGCCAAGACGUGUUUUGAGACAUUACUGCAGUUCUCAUUUAUCAGCCAGACCAAGUCCGAGGAGGGAACCAUUACCAGACUUGCUGUAUUGUCUCUCCUUCAGCGCUGUCAGGACGUCGUCAGGAAGUAUGUCGAAGACGAGAAACUUAGCGGCAAAUGUCCACUCCCAAGACCCCGUUUGGCCGAGAUGGCAUCGGUUCUAAAGGCCAUCACAACACUGCUGGUGUCACUCAAAAAGGCCCCGCCUGGAAAUGUGGAGGUGAGUGUCUGGAAGCAGGUUAUACAGCUGUAUCCCUAUCUGGUGGACUGUACCACGUCCUCUUCUCCUAACGUCUGCCGUGCCCUCAAGGAUGCCCUCCACCAGUAUCGUGCCCUCCUGAUCCCACCAAUAUCCACCACCCUCAACGGAACAUCAUAGGAACAGCUAGAACUUAGGAACAGGGGUCAAGGUCACUUUCAUUGGAAUGUCGUUUGGAUGAGGUCAAGUUCAACUACAUUAGAUUGUCUAUGGGAUGAGCUGUCAAGGUCACUUUCAUUGGAAUGUCGUUUGGAUGAGGUCAAGGUCAACUACAUCAGAUUGUCCUUGGUAUGAGGUGUCAAGGUCACUUUCAUUGGAUUGACCUUGGGAUGAGGUCCAGGUCACCUACAUUAGAUUGUCUAUGGGAUGAGGUGUCAAGGUCACCUGAAUUUUCCUUGGGACAAGAGUCACAGACACUGAAAAUGGCUUGUUGAACCCAUUUUCUGCAGAUGGAGAUUCUACAGAUUAAUCAAUCGGAACCACCAAGGAACAAUACAUGCUAAUAUAACAACUGGACAUUGUCCCACACCUUAACCUUGACUUUUGUUGUGUUCAAGGUCAGAGGUCACAGGCUAAUCAAUAAUACAUGUAAUGAUAUACAAGGUCAAUGUUUGUUUUGACUUUUCACCGGUUCGCUAAAAAUUACACUGAAAGAAUAUUUGUCACUGCCAAUGCUUUUGUAGGCCUGAUAUAUUAAAGGUCAGAGUUCAGAGGUCACAUAUAUUGGUUGUGGGUAAAUUUUACAUAGUUUGCAGUUGGCGACAAAGAUUGUUGUUGAAAGAUUGUAUACAAAUUCUUUUCUAGUCUUUCAUCUGCUGGUUCAUGUGAUACAUGUACUGAAAUAUGCUAUGAUUUUAACAAUAAUAAUGACAUGCAUUAUAUAUGUAAGAUCAAAGUUCAAUGUCAUAAUGUAUGGACUGCUGUAUACCUGGAAACGUUCGCCCAGUCAAACUUUCGCCCUACACUGGUAAAAUGUCGUUCGUUGUUUAUUUUGCCCUUCACACGUUAUGCCUAUGUUUAUUAUCUUGUGUAUUUAUAUUUUUCUCUUAUCAUAAAUUUGGCCACAUUGCGGACAUCCUCGAUAUACAGGGGUUACGCUCACUUUCGCUCUCUACACACCUGGAAUAUGUCAUAGCAAAAUUGAAGGCACG